AUGGGAGAACCCGCAGAUGGCCAUCGCGAGUGGACAUGUACAGUACAUGCCAUGGUACUCGGUCUGUUGGAUGGCUAUCAUAGGCCAGAAGGUGCUGCAUGUGACGCCGCAGUGCGGUUGAUGGGCUGGAGGAUGGCAAUGCCAGGCCAGCAGCGAGCUGGCACGGCGUACUGUAAAAAUUCAUUCAUAACCUGGAGAUCCUCGACCCUCGCCCAACCCGGUCGGUCAGAUUGUCAGAUUUCUGGUCCUCAGAACGUAAGCACCAACACAACAACUUUUGCGGACCAAACCCACAAUAAUGAUACCGUGAAAGGGCCCAGUUUACAGUGCUGCUUGGGACACCGAGACCGAACCAGACCGAUUCGUUUGGCGAGACCACGAGAACAGGUCAAUUUUCCAGAACAAAUACCUCGCGUCUGAUGCGACAAGCACCGGUGGGCAUGGUCGAGGGAACGAGGACCACGCCGUAUCAGGGGACAGCCGCCCGGUGGACACAAUCGCAGCCAGCGAGGAGAGCGAGAAAGCGCAGAGGGUCCAAGGUAGUUUAUCAUAGCAAUCAUAACAAUCCACAAUGCUCGUCGUCGAGAGGCAUGACGGCGGCGUCCAAGAGAACGCCCUUCUCGAAUCCCGUAUAUACCCUCGAGCAAAUGGCUUUACCGGCUUUGCCACCGACUGAACAAAUAAAUUUUCCCAAAGAAAUGCAGCGGCAAUGCUUCGAACAAAACAGUUCGGGCUAUCGCAACAUCCAGGAGGGCAUCAAUGGAAAUUUUGAGUUGGACCCUGUGCCUCGACAAGUCAGUCAAGCUGGACCUUCGUGGCAGUCUUCUCUGGUAUCUUACACGAUAUCCUCUGGUCUACAAGAAUCUCAGCCAUUCUACAACUACGACUUGCUACCGAGACAGAAUGCGUUUUGUUUACAUGUCGCAGACGGGGCGGCGGAAGGGUGGCAUGAUGUGGGUUUUGGUAACGAAAUCAACCUUGACCAGAAUGGAAUUUCUGCGUUAGAGAUUCCACUAAGUGGCCCCGAAACCAUGGACAGUCUGUCUGGGUCCACUCCAACAAGCCCGGAAUCGGAUGGUUACAUGUAUCCUUUGAUGACAACUAGAGCCGAAGCAUGUCAAGAAAUGAAUGCCAUGUCUACUUUAGACCUUUCUGGUAAGUUCGUGAUGUUUGUUUCCCUUUGGCAUUUCUUUUGUCCGUAACCUCUUAUAUCAAGGCUCAAAUUGUUGGAGUCCCAGCCUCCCUUACUAACUUUAUGUAGAUGCAUACUUUCAUCUGGGACAGUCCAUUUAUCCUCCAACAUCUAAUCAUCAAGAGACCAACGCCCUGUUUCUUCAAGACGCAAUGUUCCUCGGGAAUGACGGGCUUCAAGCUCAAAUGGAUGUUAUAAAUCUUGCAAACAGUGCAUUCUCAGAAAGUCAAUGGUGCUUAGUAGAUGACAACAUGGCAAAACAAAACUACAGCUCGCAACCUAUCCCCAUCCCACAUGUUCCCUGGAUAUCGGAGCAAAUACCACUUAGUAAUUCCCGAUCCGAAGAAGACUUUGAAAGCGACAAAUUCUAUCAAUCGCUCGUGGCGCAGGGGAUUUCUAAUCUUAAUUCAAAUCAAAGAGAGGAAGAGUAUGCAGAGGUUUUCAUACCCAAGAACGAGUUUCUUUACCAUGAAACCCCGGCUACCCCACCUGGUGAAAGUGACAACGAUAGUUGGAUAAUAUUCGACCCGAAGAACUACACCCCAACGCAUAGUUCUCCAGGAUCGACGAGAUCGGUGCGGUCACAGACAUGUUCACCCCGGCAGACUGAGAUGGAUAAUCAUGGUCAUGUUUUUACCUCCUUUUCUAGAAUUUCGAAACCAAAGGCCUCGAAAGGACGUCAGCGUAACCUAACACAACUCGAGAAGAGACAAGCACGAGAAGUUCGAGAUGCCAAAGCGUGUUGGGCGUGCCACAUAUCAAAAAUAAAGGUAUGCACAACAUGAUUCCAAACGACGAAAUUUGACUCUAAUCAUAUACAGUGCUCUCCAUGCUCACCCGGCAGUCCUUGUGAACAGUGUGCGCGACUAGUUGGCAAAAGAAGAUUUUGCAAGUUUGACUGUUUUAACGACCCACUUGAAUCAUUGUAUAUAUUCCUUGUACCAGGUAUGGCUCUUCUUGGCUGUUUUGAUGACAAGACGCUAACAUCACUAGAUUAUUUAAAUGGCCAUUUCACCCGGCAAGACGUUGAGACUUUCAUUGCUAGAAGUGCAAAAGGCUGGGGGAAUAAAAGAUUUUUUAUUCGAAUGGAUUGGGGCCAUCGUCGACUUCUUGAGGCAGAAGUAGUGACUCUCGAGCUGCGAAGUGAGAGAUCGGAGAUGGCAUUCCACCACACUACUAGGCGAGAUGGGCUUGGAAGGCCUUUGCCUACAUUGGUCAAACAGCAAAGUCCACCUCUUGGAAUCCCGCUGUCUGUCAUGGAUGAUAUGGAAGAUAUAUAUAGCAAAUAUGUUCAGGAUAUCGCCCAGAACGACCUCGCAAAUUACGUCCCAGCUGGAUACUUUCCGGAUGACUCACAGCUUGCAAAGAGACUCCUUGGGGUUGUUACUUCAUUUUACACAAUGGGAUUAGAGGGCGACUCUGAAGUAAGUUCUCCAUUCAAAAUACACAGCGUGCAUAUUGACUGACUCGGUAGUGUGAACUUCUUCGCGAAGCAAUCGAAAUGCAUAUAACAUCGAUGAUUUUGGAAAAGAGUCUUGCACUUGAUCAAGAGUCUACGGGUAGGGUUGAAAACCACCUUCAGCAAAGGUAUUCCGGGAAACCGGUAGCAAGAUGCGUGCAACGCCAAAUAAAGUUAGCACUAUUCCAAAGCCAACAAACGCGUAUCAACAAAGUACUCAAGGACUGGGGAAACAUGAUGUGGGCCAUUGGAAAUGCUGCUGGCAACGACAACAAAUGGGCUGUCAGUUUUAGUGUAUUUGUGAUUCUGAUCCUCGUGAUGGACAAAAUCUCUGCAGCUGCGCAGAUCUUCUGUGAGGACCAAAUCCGCUAUUAUGGCGCCGAGCCGAUGUCAGAGACAGCCAAGGUCAAGGAGCUCAUAAAAGUGACGGAAACACAGCUUUUUGAUCGCUGCAAAGAGAUCUUUCACUGGAAAUUCAAAACCAGAAAAGGCGGAAAAGAGGCUUGCAACCCCAUUAGAGAUGGCCUGGAAGCAUUUCGAGGAAGACCCGUCAGCAGAGAGAUCACACAGUUGACCUUUGCCCUACAAUCUGUAAUUCGUGACUUUGGUGAGUUAGCAUUCUAUACCAUAUUCUCAAGGGUACUCAUAUUUUCAUAGGUAAAGAAAUCAGAUCUCAUAGCUCCUUGGUGAAAGACCAGGAACCUCCCUUACCAUACACAGAUGUCGGUCGGUUGGCAAGUAUAUUUUUGGAUGACUUUCUGGAUCACUAAGGCAAAAGUACCCUGCCAGACAGCUUGAAAGUAGGCUUUGGUGAAGCUUUUAGGGUCAUCGAAGGCCGAAAGAACAACAUUGAAAUGACCUUUCCACAUGGUUUCGCUCCUAUGAUACAUAUAGUACGUGUUCAUUGAAGGAGUCGGGCUCCAAGACAAGAUUGGCCGAGUCUUGACAACAUUCAACGAAAAAUGCAUAAAGACUCUAAUUGCCGGUAGGGUAUAACCAACCCUGCACUAAGAUGGUGAUGGUGUAACAAAGUUAUCCUAUCAUUGUGCUAUGUCGUGAUUGGGUCUGUCAGAGAAGCAGCUCGGUUGGGCUGAACUCUUCCGAUGGCAAAUUUUCGAAUAGCAUUCGGUGACGGAAUUGUGGAAAUCGGCCUUCAGCUCAUGCAUCAGAGAUUGAUUGUCCACAAGAACAAGGAAAGGUAAUUGGGCAUCAAGUGUUGGGUCUUGAAUAGCUGUGGACUUGGAUGUCCUGUGAACUCUUUGAUUCUGAGAUCCAACGUAGUCGGGUGAAAUGGGCUGGGAGAAGUAUUGCAGCUUGGAAAUUUUGUUUGCAUGAGUGUUGUACGAGUAGUAUGAGUCUUGUUGAAUUGGAUUUGGGCAUGAGAUCUGAAUCUGGGUCUUCAUUCCGGGCCUUCCAGCGAUCCACGUCGCGCCAGCC